UUAACGUGGAGUCUCUCUCUCUCUCUCUCUCUCUCACUCGAGGCCGCGGCGUCAUCGUCUCAUCAUCUUCAUCCGUCGUAUUCGGUGUUCCAAGGGAGAGUUUUUUACAGAAGAAGCAACUGAAAGAAACCACCCGAACUGUAAAACAAGCAAAAACGAGUCCACAGUCGAAAAGCAAAUGACUGUAAAAGCAUCCAAAAGUUGCAAAGAUAGAAAGAAGGCGGAGGAGGAGGGGUGGGUCUGUUUGUAAGUUGCAAAGCAAUGUCACCAAUGCAACAAGAAGACUCCGAGGAGAUGAAGACGACGACUGAGCAGUGGAGAUGGUCCGAAAUGCAAGGACUGGAGCUCGUUUCAGAGGCCCCCUUUAAAGCCACCUCUACUCAGCCAAGAACCCCAUUCCAAGAGAAGGAGAAGGAGAAGGAAUUGGCUGGAGAGAGAAAAAUGGAGGCGGCGAAGAGAGGUGGCUCCGGCAGUGGUGGUGAGGUGGAGAAGCCUGGCGCGGCUCCGCCGUCAUCUGGGUGUGGCGAGCUUUUCCGAUUUGCAGAUGGGUUGGACUGUGUUUUAAUGGCGGUUGGAACGGUUGGCGCCAUUGUUCACGGCUCUUCACUGCCCUUGUUCCUUAGGUUCUUCGCCGAUCUUGUCAAUUCCUUCGGGUCUAAUGCCAACGACGUUGAGAAGAUGACCCAAGAAGUCGUCAAGUAUGCCCUGUACUUCCUCGUAGUUGGAGCAGCCAUAUGGGCAUCUUCAUGGGCAGAGAUAUCGUGCUGGAUGUGGACCGGAGAGAGGCAGUCAGCAAAGAUGAGGGUCAAGUUCUUGGAAGCAGCUUUGAACCAAGAUAUUCCCUACUUCGACACAGAAGUCAGAACCUCGGAUGUUAUUUUCGCCAUCAACACAGAUGCAGUGAUGGUCCAAGACGCCAUUAGUGAGAAGUUGGGUAAUUUCAUACACUAUAUGGCAACAUUCGUGUCUGGAUUUGCGGUGGGUUUCACUGCCGUUUGGCAAUUGGCUCUGGUCACACUGGCUGUUGUGCCCCUAAUUGCUGUAAUUGGAGCCAUCCACACCACGACAUUGGCCAAGCUCUCUUCCAAGAGUCAGGAAGCACUUUCCCAGGCAGGAAACAUUGCAGAACAAACAAUAGCCCAAAUCCGGACGGUUUUGGCAUUUGUCGGCGAAUCCAGAGCCCUGCAGACUUACUCCUCGGCCUUGAAGGUCGCGCAGAAGAUCGGCUACAAGAUUGGCCUGGCCAAAGGAAUGGGAUUGGGAGCAACCUACUUCACAGUCUUCUGCUGUUAUGCCCUUCUACUCUGGUAUGGUGGCUACCUGGUUAGGCACCACUAUACUAAUGGAGGCCUUGCCAUAGCCACAAUGUUCGCAGUCAUGCUAGGUGGCCUAGCUUUGGGGCAGUCGGCGCCGAGCAUGGCAGCAUUUGCCAAGGCCAGAGUUGCAGCUGCAAGAAUAUUUCGCAUAAUUGAUCACAAACCAAGUGUUGAGAGAAAUGGAGAGUCGGGUUUGGAAUUAGACUCUGUUACAGGGCAGGUGGAGCUGAAAAAUGUCGAUUUCUCCUAUCCAUCAAGGCCAGACGUUCCGAUUCUUAGCAACUUCUCCCUUAGUGUUCCUGCUGGGAAAACCAUAGCUUUGGUUGGAAGCAGUGGCUCUGGCAAAAGCACAGUCGUCUCCCUCAUUGAGAGAUUCUAUGAUCCGACCUCAGGACAAAUUGUGUUGGAUGGACAUGACAUCAAGACAUUAAAGCUAAGAUGGUUGAGGCAGCAAAUCGGCCUGGUGAGCCAAGAGCCUGCCCUCUUUGCUACCACCAUCAAAGACAACAUACUUCUGGGAAGGCCCGACGCGUCGCUAGAUGAGGUCGAGGAAGCUGCCAGAGUCGCCAACGCUCAUUCGUUCAUCGCGAAGCUCUCUGAUGGCUUUGACACACAGGUAGGGGAGAGAGGGCUUCAACUCUCAGGUGGACAGAAGCAGAGAAUAGCCAUAGCAAGGGCAAUGCUAAAAAACCCAGCAAUCUUGCUGUUAGACGAGGCGACUAGUGCAUUGGACUCCGAGUCUGAGAAGCUAGUGCAAGAGGCUCUAGAUCGGUUCAUGAUUGGGAGAACGACUCUUGUCAUAGCACAUCGCCUCUCUACGAUCAGGAAGGCCGACCUGGUGGCUGUACUGCAGCAGGGUAGCGUCUCAGAAAUCGGGACUCAUGAUGAGCUCAUGGCCAAAGGCGAAAAUGGUGUCUAUGCAAAGCUCAUCCGAAUGCAGGAAGCAGCUCAUGAAACAGCUCUCAAUAAUGCUAGAAAGAGCAGUGCCAGGCCUUCCAGUGCCCGUAACUCGGUGAGCUCACCAAUAAUUGCGCGUAACUCCUCUUAUGGUCGAUCACCCUACUCACGCCGGCUUUCUGACUUCUCAACUUCCGACUUUAGCCUCUCCCUGGAUGCCUCAUAUCCCAAUUAUCGGCACGAAAAGCUUGCAUUCAAGGACCAAGCUAGUUCCUUCUGGCGCCUGGCAAAAAUGAACUCUCCUGAAUGGGCUUAUGCUCUGGUUGCUUCUAUAGGCUCUGUUGUUUGCGGCUCCCUCAGUGCCUUCUUCGCGUAUGUUCUAAGCGCUGUUCUAAGCGUUUACUACAACCCUAGCCAUGCUUACAUGAUCAGAGAAAUUGGCAAGUACUGCUACCUUCUAAUCGGGGUCUCAUCAGCUGCGCUAAUCUUCAAUACGCUGCAGCAUUUCUUUUGGGAUACCGUAGGAGAAAACCUUACCAAAAGGGUGAGGGAAAAAAUGUUCGCAGCAGUUCUGAGAAAUGAAAUUGCAUGGUUUGACCAGGAGGAAAACGAGAGCUCCAGAAUUGCAGCAAGGCUGGCUCUUGAUGCCAACAAUGUUAGAUCAGCUAUUGGCGACCGCAUUUCAGUGAUCAUGCAGAAUUCGGCACUGAUGCUUGUCGCCUGCACUGCAGGGUUCGUUUUGCAGUGGCGCCUUGCCCUUGUCCUCAUAGCCGUCUUCCCUCUUGUUGUUGCAGCCACUGUCCUGCAGAAAAUGUUCAUGCAAGGUUUCUCGGGAGACCUAGAAGCUGCACAUUCCAAAGCCACACAACUAGCAGCCGAGGCCGUGGCCAAUGUAAGAACUGUUGCCGCCUUCAACUCAGAGUCGAAAAUCAUCAGUCUGUUCGACAGCAACCUCCAAACUCCACUCAGGCGCUGCUUCUGGAAGGGACAGAUUGCUGGUAGUGGGUACGGAAUAGCCCAAUUUGCACUCUAUGGUUCCUAUGCCCUUGGCCUUUGGUAUGCCUCCUGGCUGGUAAAGCAUGGGAUAUCCGAUUUUUCAAAGACAAUUCGAGUUUUCAUGGUUCUCAUGGUCUCCGCCAACGGUGCUGCAGAAACAUUGACCCUGGCCCCCGACUUCAUCAAGGGUGGCCGAGCAAUGCGGUCAGUGUUCGACCUCCUUGACCGCAAGUCUGAAAUUGAUCCGGAUGGCAGAGAUACAGUUCCAGUUCCCGAUCACUUUCGCGGGGAAUUGGAACUCAAGCAUGUAGACUUUUCUUACCCGACCCGCCCUGACAUGCCGGUCUUCCGAGACCUCAACCUUCGUGCACGGGCUGGAAAGACUCUUGCUCUUGUAGGACCUAGUGGUUGUGGUAAGAGUUCAGUGAUUGCACUUAUAGAGCGGUUUUAUGAACCAUCCUAUGGACGGGUCAUGAUUGAUGGGAAAGACAUCCGAAAAUACAAUCUGAAGUCAUUGAGACAACACAUUGCUGUGGUGCCACAGGAGCCAUGCCUCUUUGCCACAACUAUCUACGAAAACAUUGCUUAUGGGCACGAGUCAGCCACUGAAGCAGAGAUAAUUGAGGCAGCAACUCUUGCAAAUGCCAACAAGUUCAUAUCAUCACUACCAGAUGGUUACAAAACAUUUGUUGGAGAAAGGGGAGUUCAAUUGUCUGGGGGACAAAAGCAAAGAAUAGCGAUUGCCCGGGCAUUCUUGAGGAAAGCAGAGAUAAUGCUACUGGAUGAAGCCACAAGCGCGCUUGAUGCAGAAUCAGAAAGGUGCAUACAAGAGGGCCUGGAACGUGCUUGCUCAGGAAAGACCACCAUUGUGGUUGCUCACCGAUUAUCAACAAUAAGAAAUGCCCAUGUCAUCGCUGUGAUAGACGAUGGGAAAGUGGCCGAGCAAGGUUCACACUCGCACCUGUUGAAGAAUCACCCAGAUGGAAUUUACGCUCGGAUGAUACAGUUACAAAGAUUCACACACGGACAGGUUGUGAACAUGGUAUCAGGUUCAAGUUCUUCGGCUCGUCCAAGAGAAGAGGAAGAAAAAGAAGGCUAGUCAAGCAAGGAAGAUUAUAUUAUAGUAUAUAAGGAGCAUAUCUCUUAUACCCCCCCCCCCACCCUUUGGUGAUUUUUUUGUGUCAUGUUGUCGUCUUGCUUUCGUAUAGCAAAGUAUGUGUGAUCAUCAAAUCUAGGACGCAAUAAUAUAUAUGCAUUUUGCUGAAAAUGAUUUGCAGUGUUGUAAUUUGGGUAAAAUGGUGAUGAAACAUGUCCAAGGUUCCACCA